AUGGCCUACCCCAGUGCCUCAGACUCCACGGUGCAGUUACUCAGCCUGUGGGAAGGAGAGGAAAUGUUAGAAACAGCACUGACCUUCAAUGCAACGGAUGAAGCCAACCGCUCUGUCGUGUCUGAGUUUGUGUUCCUGGGGCUCUCUAGUUCAUGGGGAAUCCAACUGCUUCUUUUCCUCUUUUCUUCUGUGUUCUACAUGGCAAGUUUGAUGGGAAACCUCCUCAUCGUGUUCUCUGUGACUUCUGACUCCAAGCUCCAUUCCCCCAUGUACUUCCUGUUGGCCAAUCUUUCAUUUCUCGAUCUGGGAGUUUGUUCUGUGGCAGCCCCCAAGAUGAUUUAUGACCUUUAUAGAAAACACAAAUCCAUCUCUUUUGGGGGCUGCAUAACUCAGAUCUUCUUUAUCCAUGCAAUUGGGGGCACAGAGAUGGUGCUGCUCAUGGCUAUGGCCUUUGACAGAUAUGUGGCCAUCUGCAGGCCCCUGCACUACCAGGCCAUCAUGAGCACAAGAAUGUGCAUCUUAAUUCCAGCCAUUGCUUGGAUCCUUGGUCUCAUCCACUCUGUGGCCCAGUUGGCUUUUGUUGUCCACCUGCCCUUCUGUGGCCCUAAUGUACUGAACAGCUUUUACUGUGACCUCCCUCAACUCAUUAAACUCGCUUGCACCGACACCAGUCGACUGGAGUUCAUGGUCACUGCCAACAGUGGGCUGAUCUCAGUGGGGUCCUUCUUCACACUGAUGGCGUCUUAUAUAUUCAUUCUGGUCACUGUUCGGAAGCACUCCUCUGGAGGCUCCUCCAAGGCCCUCUCUACUCUGUCUGCUCACAUAACUGUGGUUGUUUUAUUCUUUGGACCAUUAAUCUUCUUCUACACCUGGCCCUUCCCUUCAUCAAACUUGGACAAGUUCCUUGCACUCUUUGAUGCCAUUCUCACUCCUUUGCUGAAUCCUGUUAUCUAUACUCUGAGAAACAAGGAAAUGAAAGCAGCCAUGAGGAGGCUUUGCUCUCAGCUUGUGGGCUACAGAAAGAUGCCCUGA